AUGAAUAAAACUAAUUGGGCUUUUGCUAAAUUGCAAAUCGGUACGAAUUUUACAAGGACUACGUCACAUCAUCAAAAAAAACGAAGUUUAAUUUUUGAAAAUGGAGGUAUAAUAAAGCUUGUUAUUGGACCAAUUAUUUCUGUGCCCUUAGAGGAUCCGAACAAUUGGCGUUCAUUGAUAUGUCUUUAUAAUUUCCAUAUCGGUGAAUAUAUAAUACCAACUAAACCUACUUAUCCAUGGGAUAAAUGGAGUGAUAACGAGAGUAAAUCAUUUAAAAAAUCAAAAUUAUAUAGAAAAGCUGUCGAUGCUGAAGAACCAGAUGGCUCGCGGGAAUUUUUCUACACAGCAUUGGAAUAUUUUAUAAACCUUCAUACGAAUAAACGACAUGGACGAGAAUGUUUGUUACGUUUAAUUUGUGAAAAUUCUCAAAUUAAAUAUCAUAUUGGAUUGUUUUCGGAAAUUUUGAAUGUUAUCUUAACACCCGGUAAAGAAAAUCUAAAUAAAUCUUAUCGGCAGGCAGUCGAGUUUGGACAAUUGGGUGUAGAUUGCGUAAAGUAUUAUGCGAAAUGUCCUCCAGGAGAUAAUUUCCUCGAUCACCUUAUACACGAUUAUGUAUGA